UGGCAUGGUUUUAAGAAACCGAAGGAAGCAAUUCCCCUCCCCAAGCACUGGCGGCGGGGCUGUGAUGACGUCACUGUGCGUCGGACUGCGCUGCGCAGAGUGCGGCUCGGAGAUGGCGGUCGGGCUUCAGGCCUGGAGCGGAGGGUCCCUGUAAAACGUAGAAAACACCGAGGGCCUUUGCCCCGAGGGUACCGGAGUCUAAGUUUUGCAGCCGCUAGUCGAAGCCUAACGAGGUUGUAAAGACGGACGUAGUAAUUUUUUUGCGGCCUCAUUUUGUUCAGUUUUCUGUGCCAAGACUCAAUUUAAUAUCACAAUGGCAACAGAAAUUGGAUCCCCGCCUCGCUUCUUUCACAUGCCUCGAUUUCAGCAUCAGGCUCCCAGACAGCUCUUCUAUAAGAGACCGGACUAUGCCCAGCAACAAGCCAUGCAACAGCUCACCUUCGAUGGCAAACGUAUGCGAAAAGCUGUAAACCGCAAGACUAUAGAUUACAACCCCUCUGUCAUCAAGUAUUUGGAGAACCGUGUAUGGCAGCGAGAUCAGAGAGAUAUGAGAGCUAUUCAGCCAGAUGCUGGUUACUACAAUGAUCUGGUUCCACCUAUUGGGAUGAUUAAUAAUCCCCUGAAUGCUGUCACUACAAAGUUUGUGCGCACUUCUACCAAUAAAGUAAAAUGCCCUGUAUUUGUAGUCAGGUGGACUCCAGAGGGUCGCCGAUUGGUCACUGGAGCCUCUAGUGGAGAAUUCACUUUGUGGAAUGGGCUGACAUUUAAUUUUGAGACUAUUUUGCAGGCUCAUGACAGCCCAGUUCGAGCUAUGACAUGGUCCCAUAAUGACAUGUGGAUGCUGACUGCUGAUCACAGUGGCUAUGUCAAGUAUUGGCAAUCAAAUAUGAACAACGUCAAGAUGUUCCAGGCGCAUAAGGAGGCGAUUAGAGAGGCCAGUUUCUCCCCUACGGAUAAUAAAUUUGCCACGUGCUCAGAUGAUGGGACAGUUAGAAUAUGGGACUUUCUACGUUGCCAUGAGGAGAGAAUACUACGAGGACAUGGUGCAGAUGUAAAGUGUGUUGACUGGCACCCAACUAAAGGACUUCUUGUCUCUGGAAGCAAAGACAGUCAACAACCAAUUAAAUUUUGGGAUCCCAAGAAUGGACAGAGCCUUGCAACACUACACGCUCACAAGAACACUGUAAUGGAAGUGAAAUGGAACUUGAACGGGAACUGGCUGCUCACUGCAUCACGAGAUCACCUCUGUAAGCUUUUUGACAUUCGCAACCUCCGUGAAGAGCUACAGGUAUUUCGAGGACACAAAAAAGAGGCCACGGCUGUUGCCUGGCAUCCAGUACACGAGGGUCUGUUUGCUAGUGGAGGAUCUGACGGCUCGCUGCUGUUCUGGCAUGUUGGAGUGGAGAAAGAAGUUGGUGGCAUGGAAAUUGCUCAUGAAGGAAUGAUCUGGAGUCUUGCGUGGCAUCCUUUAGGGCAUAUUCUAUGCUCGGGAUCUAAUGAUCACACCAGCAAAUUCUGGACAAGAAAUCGACCUGGUGAUAAAAUGCGUGAUCGUUACAAUUUGAACUUACUCCCUGGCAUGUCAGAGGAUGGAGUAGAAUAUGAUGAUAUUGAACCCAAUAAUUUAGCUGUUAUCCCUGGAAUGGGAAUCCCUGAGCAGCUGAAAAUGGCUAUGGAACAGGAACAAAUGAGUAAAGAAGAAUCAAGUUCAGUGGAGAUGACCAUACCUGGGCUUGACUGGGGGAUGGAAGAAGUGAUGCAAAAAGACCAGAAGAAAGUACCUCAGAAAAAAGUUCCUUAUGCUAAACCCAUCCCUGCUCAAUUCCAACAGGCAUGGAUGCAAAACAAAGUGCCACUAAUGCCACCAUCAGAAGCCAUUCCUGACCGCAAAGAAGAGAACAAAUCGGAUGAAAAGAAGAAGAACCAGGCAGAGAUUGAGCAGGAGAUGGCAGCUUUACAAUAUACCAAUCCUCAGCUGCUGGAGCAACUAAAGAUUGAAAGAAUAGCACAGAAGCAAGCUGAGGCACCAGGGCAACUUCAGGGUCUCCCAUCUCCUUUGGGUGGACCUCCACAUGGGCCAUCCACAUUCCAGGCUCCAGGACCUCAGCUACAACCAACACAAAGAUUCCAGCAGCCCCACCCCACACAGCAAAUGCAAAUAAAUGCGCAACAUGGUCCAGCAGGACAGUUUCUUCCACAAGGAUCUCAAGCAGCCCCAGGUCCACAAAAUUUCAUGGCUUCUGGUCCACAGGGGGUGAGAUCUCAAGAAAUGCACCCUGGAGCCAGUAGACUGCCAGUUCCUCAUGGACCAAUGGGUACACAAGGUCCUGGGCCACAAAAUCAGCUAGGGCCUCAGGGACCUUCAGGGCCUAGGGCUAUUCAAGGAAUGUCCUCUCACCAUAGCAUGCAAGGGGCACCUGGUCCUCUUAUGGGAGUUACUCCAAGGGAAGGACAGGUACCACAUGGACUUCGUGAAAAUUCAGGCCCUAAUCAAGGCAUGACAAUAGUACAUCCAGCACAAGACAUGAGAGGCCCCUCUGGAGCAAUGAUUGGACAUGGGCAAGAUAUACGGGGCCCAAUUGAAAUGAGGGGGCCCGCAGAUAUGCGAGGACCACAGGAAAUGAGAGGUCCAGCAGACUUAAGAGGUCCCAAUGAUAUGCGAGGUCCUCAGGAUAUGAGGGGGGGCCCUGAUAUGCGAGGCCCUCAAGAUUUGCGGGGGCCUCUAGAUAUGCGCGGUCCUCAGGAUAUGAGAGGCCCUCCUGAUAUGCGUGGUCCUCAAGACAUGAGGGGUCCCUCUGAUAUGGGUGGCCCUCAAGAUAUUAGGGGACCCCUUGAUAUGCGCGGUCCCCAGGAUAUUAGGGGCCCAUCUGAUAUGAGAGGCCCACAAGAUAUGCGGGGCCCCCCAGACAUGAGAGGACCCCAGGAUAUCAGGGGUCCCCCAGAUAUGAGAGGGCCACCAGAUAUCAGGGGCCCCACAGACAUGCGUGGGCCUCAGGAUAUGAGAGGACCUCCAGACAUGCGUGGACCUCAGGAUAUGAGGGGUCCCCCAGACAUGCGUGGUCCUCAAGAUAUGAGAGGACCUCCAGACAUACGUAGCCUUCAGGAUUUGAGAGGACCCAUGGACAUGCGUGGCCCGCAAAACAUGAGGGGUCCAGCUGACAUGCGUGGCCCCCAAGAUAUGAGGGGGAUGCCUGAUAUGAGAGGACCUCCUGACAUGCGUGUCCACCAAGAUAUGCGGGGACCACCUGAUAUGCGUGGUCCACAAGAUAUGCGAGGACCACCUGACAUGCGUGGUCCUCAAGAAAUGCGAGGACAUCCAGAUAUGCGUGGCCCUCAAGAUAUGCGAGGACCUCCAGAUAUGCGUGGUCCCCCUGACUUGCGUGGCCCUCCAGAUAUCAGGGGUCAUCCAGAAAUGCGUGGACACCCAGAUAUGCGUGGCCUUCCAGACUUGCGAGGGCCACCAGAAAUGCGCGGACCUCAUGAUUUAAGGGGACCUCCUGACAUGCGUGGGCCUCAUGAUAUGAGGGGUCAACCUGAAAUGCGUGGUCAUCAGGAUAUUAGGGUUCCCCCUGAUAUGCGUCAUCCGGAUAUGAGAGGAGGUGGCCCCCAGGAGAUGAGAAGACCAAAUGAUUUGAGAGGAUCUCAUGAUAUGCGUGGCCCUCAGAAUAUGAGGGGCAUGCCAGAUCUUCAUGGACCACAAGAUAUAAGAACAUCCCCUGAUCUGCGAAGCCCUCAAGAUAUAAGAGGUCCUCAGGAUAUGCGAAAUCUACAGGAUAGUAGGGGACCUGCUGACAUUGGUGGCCCCCAGGAUUUAAGAGGCCCUCAACCUGGAAACUCCCAAGGACCUCAUAGCCAGCAGAACCCUCCACGAGUACCUCAUCCAGCACAACAAAAAGCACCAUUACUGGGAGAUGGCCCCAGGCCUUUUAAUCAGGGUGGAAAAGGUCAAGCCCCACCUCCUCUGAUCCCUGGCCUAGGAUCCCAGAGUUCACAAGGACGUGGCCAUCAAGGACCAAGCCCCAACAAAGGUGAUAUGCGUGGUCCUCCAAACCAUCAGUUAGGCUCGCAGCCAGAACGCAGACGUGAGCCAAGCCCUGGCCGUGCUCCGUUCCUUGGUGGACAAGAGUGGAGUGAUUCCCGGAACAACAGAGGACCUUCUGACAGACGGGGCCCUCCUUCUGAUUCUCUUGAUAGGCCAGAUGAUUUUCCUCCAGACGAUCGGUAUGGUCCACGAGGGCGUGAAUUUGACGGAAGAGGUGGAGGUUCUUCCUCUCAGGAUGACAAGUGGAGGCGUGGAGCAUCUGGUACACAGUUUCCCCCUAACCACAGAGAUUUUCCAGACAGAGAGAACAGGGAUUCAAACCGCUGGGAGGGUAGAAGGCAUUCAGAGGAGAGAUAUCCCAGAGAAUCUGAGGAUGUGAGGUUACGAGGACAAAGAGAUGAAGUUUUUCACAGGGCUGGUCCACAGAGGCGCGAAGGGCGUGGCUCCCGUGGGAGGGAAGGGUUUCCUAACCCUGAGGAAUUUGGUCCUGAUGAUAAAUUUGAUUCCAAGGAUGAACCAUUAAGAGGCAGAGAUGGAGGCAGAGGGCGUGGCCGAGGCUCCCAAAGGGAAGGGAGAAAAGGCCUGCUUCCUACCCCAGAACAGUUCUCUGGAUCAGAGCGAGGACCUAACCAUCAGUCCCGAGAAUCAAGAGAAGGAGGACCCGAUCACUUUCCCAGCAGUCCUCGCCGUGACAUUCCAACUCCUGAUGGUCAUUCCCCAGCCAGCAGGGAGCGAUCUUCCUCAUUGCAGGGCAUGGACAUGGCUUCCUUACCUCCACGCAAAAGGCCCUGGCAUGAUGGCCCUGGUACACCUGACCAGAGGGAUGUGGACACAGCUGGGGGGCCAACGGAAGAACCUGUAAAAGCCCGUGAGAGCUCAGGCCCUUCAUCAAGGUCCCAACGGCCAAGCCGCUCUAGCUCCCAGGAGCAGGAAGAGGGUUCCGCUAGGAGUACACGUGGAGCAGGAAGCUGGGGAAGAGGGGGCUCUGGAACGAACUCCAGUCAGUCAUGGAGAGGAGGUCCUAGGGGAAGUGGCAGCAGUGGCGGAGGUGGGAGGAGUCGGUAGGAAUUACUUAAUUCAGUGCAGUGACUCUCUCCUUCUCUGUCUCAAAGUCCAUAUUGGACCAAACUUAUUGUGACUUUUAAACGGGACGCUACAACAGUGUCCGUUACUAAGGGGAGCCUCUGUUGUUGGAGCUGUGUGACCUUGCACAGUAGCUGGAUGCACUGAAACUUAUGUCUGUCAAGCAAAGAUGCAAAGCCUCAUGGAAAACUAUCAGAAACCAACACAAUGGGUUUCCCAUGUUUCUGUUAUGUACUUUCACUCUCUUGUUGGAGUUGGCAUACUCCCCUUUCCACCCCGUCCCAGCAUAAAAAUGGAUAUUUCUAUGUGUACAGUUUGUCAAGAAAUGAGUUGUUUUUGUAUGCAAUGCAGAAUGUAAUUUGAGCAAGAAAUAACAA